AUGCCUCGAGCAAAUGAAUCAGAGACUAUCCGCAUCCUCAUCUCCACCGAUAAUCAUGUCGGCUACAAUGAACGAGAUCCAAUCCGAGGGGACGACAGCUGGAAGACCUUCCACGAAAUAAUGUGUUUGGCGAAGGAGCAGGACGUUGAUAUGGUUCUCCUGGCGGGAGACUUGUUCCACGAGAAUAAGCCAUCGCGGAAGUCCAUGUAUCAGGUCAUGCGAUCAAUACGCAUGAACUGUUUCGGAGAUAAGCCGUGCGAGUUGGAGAUGCUCAGCGAUGCAAGCGAGAACUUCCAAGGCGCGUUCAAUCAUGUCAACUACGAGGACUUGGAUAUGAACGUGGCGAUCCCCAUCUUCUCGAUACACGGAAACCACGAUGAUCCGUCGGGAGAGGGCCAUCUGGCUGCACUAGAUCUGUUGCAGGUGUCGGGUCUACUUAACUACUAUGGCCGGACACCGGAGUCAGACAACAUUCAAAUCAAACCCGUCUUGCUUCAGAAAGGUCGGACGAAGCUUGCACUGUACGGAAUGAGCAAUGUCCGAGACGAGCGCUUGUUCCGCACCUUUCGUGACGGCAAGGUCAAAUUCUUCCAGCCGUCUGUCCAAAAAAGCGAUUGGUUUAACCUGAUGUCUGUGCAUCAGAACCACCAUGCCCAUACAGAAACCAGCUACCUACCGGAGAAUUUCCUUCCCGAUUUCCUCGAUCUGGUUGUCUGGGGACAUGAGCAUGAGUGUUUGAUUGAUCCUAAGCUGAACCCGGAGACCAACUUCCAUGUUAUGCAACCAGGGUCGUCCGUCGCAACGUCACUGGUGCCAGGGGAAGCUGUUCCAAAACAAGUCUCUAUCCUGAGUGUCACAGGCCGGGAAUUCAAAAAUGAACCUAUUCGACUGAAGACAGUGCGGCCAUUUGUGAUGCGGGAAAUUGUACUUUCUGAAGAGAAGGGAGCCCAAAAGCUUGCACGCAAAGAGAAUAACAGAACAGAAGUAACUCGGAUUCUGAUGUCAAUUGUGGAGGAACUCAUCGAAGAAGCCAAUGCAGAAUGGCUAGAGAUGCAAGCCAGCCGCGAGGAGGAAGAUGAGGGCGAUCCAGUCGAGCCUCCGCUUCCUCUCGUACGCCUUCGCGUGGAGACCUCCACGCCCGAGGGAGGUAGCUAUGAUUGUGAGAACCCACAGCGAUUCUCCAACCGAUUUGUGGGCAAAGUCGCCAAUGUGAACGAUGUGGUGCAGUUCUACCGGAAAAAGAAAGCUGCAUCCACUUCCCGCAAAGACGAUAAAUCUGUCGAUGAGGCAACUAUUUCUCAUUUGUCAGCGCUUGACACCGUGAAAGUCGAACAGCUCGUCCGCGAGUUCCUCUCAUCACAGUCACUAAGCAUUUUGCCGCAGAAUUCUUUCGGGGAUGCCGUGGCUCAGUUCAUUGACAAGGACGACAAGCAUGCAAUGGAAAUGUUUGUCAAUGAGUCUCUCGAGAGCCAGGUCAAACACUUGUUAUCAUUAGAUCGUGACGAUGAUGAGCUGGAUGAGGAGGAGAAUGGACAAAGCUCAUUGGUAACUGCCAUGGAGAAAUACCGUGAUCAAAUGGAAAAUAUGUUCUCAAAAGGCGUGAAGAAGCGGACUCGCGGAAAGAAGCGCUUCAAGCCCAAACCAGAUGGCUGGGAUUCUGAGUUUGACGGCACAUGGGAAGACCAGCCUGGUGCACUCAUUCAUUCCGACAACGAGGGCGGCGAUCCAGCAGAGGAAGAAGCUCGGGAAGAUGGGACAGAGCCUGCUCGCAGUCGUAGCUCAGCCCCAGCUCGGGGACGUGGCAGAGGUCGUGGACGGGGUGCAGCGGCCAGUGUGCGAACCACCAAGGCCAAACCUACCACAGAAACAAAGACUACGAAGGGUCGCAAGAAACAAAUAGUUUCAGACGAUGAAUCAGAUGUGAUUAUGCUGGAUGAUGACGAUGACGGUGGUCUCGGUGUGGAUGUAAUUUCCGACGACGACGAUUCACAGGCAUUAUUUGUCAAACAGCCUCGCUCUACGGCUACUACACAGUCUCGGAAACCCGCUCCCGCGGCACCCACAUCUCAGCGCCGCGGUGGGCGAGCUGCUGCCUCACCUGUCCCAUCAUCGGCCACUGUCGGCGGUACCGCUUCUCGGCGAGCACCUACGCGGAGCAAGCCAACCCAGUCCACUCUCAACUUCUCUGCCUCGCAGGCGAGCGUUCCUCAGUCAUCACGGCCUAGCCGCUCCACUCGUAAUAUGAGUAUUAUCAGCGAUGGUAUCGAUGACGACGACGACGAUGACGAUGCUUUUGAAGAAAUGCCUAGUACCAACUCAAGGCGGCGCAGGUGA